UAACUUCAGAUACAUUAUUGCGAAGAAAUUGUUUCCCUCCCUCCUCCUCGUCUCGGCAAACCGAUAGACAGGCCGAGGCGACCCAGCAAGCACAGCACGAUAACUGAACUACGACAAUACAAUAGAAGAGAAAUUCUCUCUCUCUCUCUCUCUCGCCCUCCCCCCAUUUCAGUUAACCUCCGAGCUCUUCGCUUCAAUUCAACCCUCUUCAGAUCUGUAGAUAGAUUCCUCACCAUAUGUGUUUGAUUCUCUUACUAAUUUUGGGAUUCUUGGAAUCAACAACAUCCGGCGGAUUUCGCUAAGAAUGCCUCAAAGGUAAGGAGAGAUGGCAGCAGCAGAAGCCAGGGCCGUGUGGCAGAGAACAGUGAACCGAUGCUUCGUGCAAGAGGAUGCCAAGAGAGCCCCAAAGCUUGCUUGCUGCCAGUCAUCCUCUUCCGGGUCCAAACAGGUAGAUGCUGGACCCGCUGCACCUGAAGAUGGGGGAGAUCAUCCUGUUUCAGGCUUUAUGUCUUUCAAUCGUAAGCCUUCGUUUUGCAAUCUACCAUCCGAUACCAGGUGGUGGCUUCAGCUCCAACCUAGCUAUGUUUUCCUAAAGGGGUUGCCUGGUGAACAGUUUAAUGCUUCGGAAGCUGAGGUGGAAGGCUUGAAAUCUGGUUCUGAAAGCUGGAGAAGUAACUCUGAUGAGGUGACAUUUGUCAAACAGGACGAUCUUAUGGAUGCUGAUGGUUCAAAGACUGUUGAGGCUUUACUUGAAUUAAGUAAUGAGCAUCUUUCCUCCAGUAUGAGUAAAGGAACUGAUGAGAGGCAGCUAGAUGCGAGUACCUUGAGCAGUGAUGGUAUCAAGGGAAUGAAAACCAGUGAUAUAAUGAGCAGCUACGAGUUUGUGGAGUUAGAUAAUUUUGGUUCAUCUGUUUCUAAGCAACAUAACGACCUUGGGUUUGAUGCAUAUUCCCCAUGGAUCGGAAAUGGGAAGAGCGAGCCAUGGUGGCGCAUGAGCGACAGGGAAGAAUUAGCCUCCUUGGUUGCCAGGAAAUCGCUCGACCAUGUUGAGAACUGUGAUUUGCCCCCACCUCAGAAGGUGCAUGUCACUAGGCACCCUUAUUCACGUAUCAGAUGCCUGGAGCCCCAAAGUGAAUUGCAACCCUCUAUAAAUAGGAGCUCCCAACCCCAGCCUAUCGUAAGCUCAACUCAGAAGAUGGCCUGUCCUGAUUUCGGCCAAAAUUUUGGGAUGAAGUGGGGUUCCGCUGAUGAAGGGCAUUUUACGUACGGUUCGGACAAAUCAUCCAGCAAAACCGGCUACAGCACGGCUGAAGAGGACAUGAAGGCAGUGGCUGGUGAGGGUGGUGAGCCGGAUCCUAGCAAGGCUCAGCUGCUGGAAGCUCUGUGUCAUUCCCAGACCCGAGCAAGGGAAGCUGAGAAUGCUGUGAAGAGAGCCAACGCCGAGAAGGAGCACAUCAUCAAGCUGUUCUUCAAGCAAGCAUCUCAGCUCUUUGCAUACAAGCAGUGGUUCCAGCUCCUGCAGCUGGAGUCCAUCCACUUGCAGAUCAAGAACGGAGACGAUGAGCCCUCGGUCUCUGCCUUCUUCCCCGAGGUCCGUCCUCGGACAGCCUAUAAAGGUAAGAAGCUGCGCAGGAACUGGCAGAAAGUUGCCAAGGGCAAAAGUGGUAAGCGUGGGGAGACGAGAGUCGAUGUGACUAAGUAUGCGGUGGCGAUCGCACUCGGUUUUGGUCUCGUAGGCGCUGGGUUGCUCUUAGGAUGGACGGUGGGAUGGAUGUUACCGCGGUUCUAGACCAACCCCUCAGCUCAGUUUUUUGGCCGCCCUGCUGCCUGUGAAGAUUGUUUUGUUUUCGUGUCUUCCUGUCCACCGAAAGCGGUUCUCUUGUAUGUAAUGUACCAUCCUCCCACUCUAUGUAUUUUCUUUUUAUUAUCUUAGGUUCUGUCUGUAGUUUAAAUUGUUGUGUGUUGGUUAUACUGCCUUUUCCGCCCAAAGGAUGUAACAUUUUGUAUUUUUAUAUAUUUUUGGGUGAACAAGUGGCUUGUAAGAAGAAGGGUUUAAUUCGACUAGAUUGGUUUCGCUCUUC